GUGGGUUAAUAUUUAUUUCAACUUCAGAUACAGAAGAGUUACUAGUUUCUGAAAAGUUGUUCUCGGUAUUGUGUGCUGAUCCUUGUCUUAAAUUACCACCUCGUGGCAAUAGAGAAGGGUCUUCUACUAGGUAUAGAUUGAGUAGAUGGGAUGGAGGUGUUGGUAUUUUUAUUGAAUUACGAGUGACUUCAGAAAUGUCGAUUA